UACUCAAAAUAGCAGCGGUGGUCCUUUCAGCCUCUAAAGCAACACAGAGGCCUCCUCAUACAGUCCAGCCAGAGGUUCCCUGGGAAAAGGGACAUCAUCAUCACUUCCAGCAACCAUCCACAUGCAUGUUUACAUCGUCGACAAACAUGAAAAGGCAAUGAGUGAAUCACUAUUCACAUGCGAAGACCCAGCAGUUUGGAGAACGUUAUAUGGGAGAUACUGGGAGAUAGUAGAGGCCAAGUCUAUUGGGAAGGGCAAGAACAAGAAGUCUGGCAAAUUGCUUCCCUUGGAUAAAUGGUAUCAAGAGGAGCUGCCUGCUGUCAUCGCUGAGCGUCCUUACAAACAUGUUACCCACCCAGAGCUGGUCAGAUUGAUGGAGUGGAAACUCACUAGGGGGAGGUUCCGGCCACGGCUGCAGCAGCUGGUGGCCACAAACACUGAGGCGACGGUGGAGAAGUGCUCCAGAAAGGCCUUCAGUCUCCUGCCUGACAUCCAGGCAGCUAUUACAGAACUCUGCUCUCUCAAAGCCCUGGGCCCGGCCACCGCCUCAGCUGUUUUGGCAGCAGGAGCUCCGGAACAGGUAGCGUUCAUGGCCGACGAAGCCGUGGAAAGUAUCCCAGGAUUGAGGCCCAUCCAGUACACCGCCAAACACUAUGCACUCUACCUGAACAAGAUGGUUUUGCACACACAAACACUUAACAAAGUGGACAGCAAGCCUGACUGGACACCCCAUCGGGUUGAGCUGUGUUUAUGGGCAUGGGCAGUAGCCAAUCAGCUACAGCUUCCCCUGCUGAAGGACGUCAAUCUAGAAAGCAGCCUGUAUAAGACAGACCUGGAGACCACUGACAGGCCAGCUAAGAGACAGAGGACCAAGUAAACAAAUGAAAAGAUCUUCAGAAAACAACCUUGUUAUAAAUUGUUUGUGGAAAUAGAGUGUGAUAAAUGGAUAUCUAAUGGCACUGUGCAUUUGUAUUAUCUUCAUAGUUUAACUUGCAAAUAAAUAUUUUAUAUAGA